ACAAUGGAAAGUUUAAGGUGCCAAGAACUGAUGGUCGGUGGUAGAUGGCAGCGAAGGACGGUAGCCCGCUGAAGCAACAUGGCAGCGGGCGCACGUGCGCGAGGCGGAGGACCUCUUGCGCGUCUACUUGUGCUGGCAGUACUACAAGUCAAUUUUAUAGCUCUAGGUCUGGAACCGGAUUUCCUGUACCCCCUGGAGAACGUGACGAUAGCGCAGGGGAGGGACGCAACCUUCACCUGCGUGGUCAAUAACCUGGGUGGUUAUAGGGUGAGUGGCGACUCCGCCACCGCCAGGGUUGCAUGGAUCAAAGCGGAUACAAAGGCGAUUUUGGCAAUACACGAACAUGUGAUCACGAACAAUGCACGUCUGAGUGUAACACACAACGACUACAAUACGUGGACUUUGAUCAUUCGCGGUGUGAAGAGAGAGGACAGAGGGCAGUACAUGUGUCAAGUAAACACAGACCCAAUGAAAAUGCAGACAGCAUUUUUAGAAGUGGUGAUUCCACCAGACAUAAUAUACGAAGAGACGUCUGGAGAUAUGAUGGUACCAGAAGGGGGCUCAGCUAAACUUGUGUGCAAAGCACGAGGAUAUCCACCCCCUAAAAUUGUUUGGAGGCGAGAAGAUGGCGGGGAUUUAAUAUCAAGAGGCGGUCCACAAGGCAAAACCAAAGUGAUGUCACUAGAGGGUGAGAUAGUUAAUCUAACUAAAGUGACAAGGUCAGAAAUGGGAGCUUAUUUGUGCAUCGCAGCCAACGGCGUUCCGCCUUCAGUUAGCAAGAGAAUCAUGCUACACGUGCAUUUCCACCCUCUAGUGCAAGUGCCGAACCAGCUGGUAGGCGCACCAACCGGCACCGAUGUCACUUUACAGUGCCACGUGGAGGCUUCACCCAAAGCCAUCAAUUACUGGACGAGAGAAAAUGGUGAAAUGAUAAUAUCAAACGACAAGUACCACAUGAGCGAGAUCAACAGUUCAGCGUACAGCGUGCAAAUGCGACUUGUGAUCAGGAACAUACAGGGCACAGAUCUCGGUGGUUACAAGUGCAUCUCGAAGAACUCUAUUGGGGAUGCUGAGGGCAAUAUUAGAUUGUAUGAAAUGGAAUUGCCCUAUCGCAAGAACCGACCAGAUGAUGAUCGCGAUUCAGAUCUUGAAGAGACCAACGACGUCCGAUCCAGUCUUCAAGGAUCACUCCGAGAGGGCGGGCGAGCGGAGGACGCAGGCUUCCUUGGUGGAGGAGGGCCGCCCUCCGCUGCCGCGACCCGGACCACGCCGUACGCAAUCUUUUUAAUAUCAGCCUUAGUCUACGCUAUGGGCUAAACUUUCUCCUUAGUAGGAUAUCCACGAGAAACGGAUUACGUACAAGGUACAGGUAGCGACGAAUUAGAAUUAUUGUAAAAAAAUACAGGUUAUAUAAUACAGCAAUCCUAGAUAAAAGUUUACGAAGUAACAAGUUUAAACCACGAAUUUCAAUGGCAGUGUCCGGAAAAAAAACAGAAAACAUGGCUAGACUACCAAAGUCACAUGCAAGAGUACCUCGCGGUAUAUCAUGAAUCUAUUGUUCUUCCAAGUUUUAAACAUGAUUUUAUCGUUACCGCGUCUUCCUACUCUAUACGAUUAAAUAUGAAAUCGCCAUUGUAAAUUGUUUCUUAUAUCUGAGGAAUUUCAUUUUUAAUGAGUCAGUGGCAACUUGUUAGGAUUUAAUUGUAUAACAUAUUGAAAAUAAGGACCAGAUAGAUCGAGAUUACCUCACAGAUGUACGUCAGUGUUGCUAUGUUUUAUAUAAACUUAUAGUGACAAUUAAAAUGUGGAUAUGUGAAUGUGACUGUGUAUAGAGAUCCCAGCUAAAUAAUAAUCGUUGUGUAUGCUUAGAUAUGUCACCGGAUAAAUAUAAAUAUCGUUAGUUUGUAUUAAAUAUAGCGAGAGUGUAAACCGCC